GCCAACAGAAUCCUGCACCUCUAUGCUGCGAGAGGCCUGCGGAGCCAGGCUUAUGCUGCGGCUGAGCGCUACCUGCAUUAUGGCCAGCUGGACGUGAAGGAACAUAAUGGGAAGACUCCACUCCUGGUGGCCGUCACAGCCAACCAGCCUGAGAUCGUCUAUGACCUGAUCACUCUAGGUGCUGAUGUCAGUGCUGCAGACUGCAAAGGGCAGACAGCCCUACACGUUGCUGGAACCUAUGGCUUGUCUGAUGUCCUCAGAGUAAGUUCAAAGGAGAUUUUCUGUAGAAAUAUUGUAAAUUCUACACAAAUAGGUCUGACUCCACUUCAUUGUGCUGUUAUAGCUCAGAAUAACGCCUUCAAGAGCAAAAACAGCCAAAACACUCCCAACGCCCAGCAGCAAGACAGAGAGACCAUGUUGUGUGUCCAUCUCCUACUUCAGAUGGGGGCCAACCUCACCAGUCAGGAAAUUAAAAGCAACAAAACGGUGCUCCAUCUAUCCAUCCAGGCCGGGAACCUCCCCCUUGUGAAAUUCUUCUUUCAGAUGCCCCACAUUGACCUGGCCAUGUUCAUCAACAUGAGGGCUCAUGGAAACACGGCAUUGCACAUGGCUGCUGCAUUGCCUCCUAACCAUUCCACUGAGUACCUAAUCCAACGCCUGCUCUUCCAUGGUGGCGAUCCGAGUGUGCGCAAUCUGGAGAAUGACCAACCGGCUCAUCUGGUGCCUCCAGGGGAAUUAUCGGACCAGGUAAGAAAUUGCAGAGAGCAGACUUGGGCAAAGAAGAUGCUCAUCAGGCUCUCUAGGCAAUUAUAA